AGUGGAGGCAGAAGAAGGCAGACUGGAGCUGAAUGAGCCCAGACACAGAGCGGACUGAGGAGGACAGAGCCCAAAACAAAGAGCAACUUCUGCACUGGCUUCCUGUUCACUCCUCUGAUGGUACCAUGGCUGAGGGAAGCUGCUUUGGUGCGUUGUAGCUCUAUGUAAUGACCAGAAACACAGAGUGAAGUGAAGGAGAACGAAAGAACAGUUUAGGAGGGAAAACAUCUGCUAAGACACGAUAAGAUCACCAGCCCAUGUGGAUCUGGACACAACCUACUGGAGCUUUCUCUUUCUAAGGACAAGAAUCUGAACUCUUAAGUUGCAGGCACUUGGAGGAGCUUUAAAGAACCUGAAGCAUCUGUAUUUUGUGUUUUGUUCUGCAUCCUAGAGACAUUCAGCACCAUGUGCCAUGUUAUUGUAACAUGCCGCUCCAUGCUGUGGACGCUGCUCAGUAUCAUUGUGGCCUUUGCUGAGCUCAUUGCUUUCAUGAGUCCAGAUUGGCUGCUGGGAUUCCCCCGGUCAGACCCCACUGUGAGUCGGGUGGGGGUGGACUCAGGGGAGUACCGCCCGUCUCUUGGCCUAUACAGCCGCUGCCUUCGCAUUGGGUCCCAGGGGGUAGGGGUGAUCUGCGGCCCAUAUGCGGGGACAUUUGGAGAGGUGGCCAGUGGCUUCUGGCAGGCGGCCAUGUUGUUUCUUGCAGCGGGAACGUUGGUGCUGGGCUGUGUGGCCUGUAUUUCCAUUUUCAGCCUGUGCUUCCAGAGCAUCCUCAGGAAGAGCAUAUUCAACAUCUGUGGACUGCUGCAAGCAAUAGCAGGUUUGUUGCUGAUGGUGGGCCUGAUGCUGUACCCUGCCGGCUGGGGCUCAGACAAGGUCAUCAGCUACUGCGGUGCCGAGGCCCUGCCCUUCAGGCCGGCGUCGUGCUCCCUCGGCUGGGCUUUCUACGCCGCCAUCGGAGGAACACUGGCCGCCUUUCUGUGUGCUGUUCUUUCUGCACAGGCUGAGAUCGCCACAUCCAGUGAUAAGGUUCAAGAGGAGAUAGAGGAGGGAAAGAGUCUGAUCUGCUUGCUCUGAGCCCUCACUGGAAACACCAAGAAAUGAUUUCUGAACUUAGUAUGGAUACAGUUGUAGCGCAAGGAACAUUUGUCUGAAUUAUUUUCUAAAUGUUAGCUGAAUAAAACCACUUAUAAGUUGAACACACAGACACAGUUUUUUAAAAUGCUGAGUCUGAGUAAUCUCUCCUGAAAAGGCCUUCAUUUGGAGCCAGUUUCAAGUACUAUCAGACACUGUGUGGUUUACAUAGCUAUCAAACAAAUACACAGCAUAUUUCUAAUGAAUAAUUUCUAAUAAAUUGCUUCAGAAGCAAAUACAGCUUGUCUUACAGGGACGAGAAUAUAUCCUACAAAGACUUGGCCGUAGUCCUUUUUUCUCACAAAUGUCUUGAAUAAUUUGCCAUCCACAAUAACUGAAUUUAAGUGCUACUUUAAAAGCUGCAGCACCACACAGCAGGUGUGUGUGCGCCCUGGUCUCUACACCCAAUGGCAGCUGGGACUGGCUCCGGCACCCCUUCAACCCCCCAACUCACAUUAGUGAAACAGAUCUACAUGAAAUAAUUCUCUCCAAGAUUAAGAAAAUGCUCAUUAAUUCCCUUAUAUAACUUCAGGUAAAAAUGCCAAAAAGCUAAAUCACAACAGAUGAAGAAAUAUCACCAGCAAUAGUUUUCUGGUGUGUCUCACUAUUGUUUCUUUUUCCAUAGUUUCUUGUCUUUAUCAGACCACUGGAUUGGAUUAGCAUGGCCUUGUUUCAUGAUAUCAGUAAUGGAUUUGUGUUUUUGUGGACCAAUUUAACACUGCCAGAAACAAACGAUGUAGUUUUGUACGUGAUUCACAUAGUUCACCUGCAAAACCUCAACAAACUUCAUCUGAAUAGAGUAGUGAUGGAUAUUUGUACACCAACAUGAAAGUUAGCAAUGCCCUCAAAGUUUUUUUGUUUUUUUGGAUAAUUACAGUAAAGAAACGUAGGCAAAGGAAAGUUUUGGAUAUUUGUUCACAUUGGGUUCACAAAUGAAAACGUAGGCUAACACUUCUAGGUGUUUUAAAGCACGAAUGCAAAAGACUGAACAAACACAUAAAAGGCCCUGUCUCUUCUGUAGUGUCAUUUUCGUUUUAAAGAGGUUUUAAGACAUGUUAAACCUAAAACGUUCACCUGUGGUGUGUUUAACAUCAUAGAACAAAAUGUAGAAAGUCCACCAACUUCUACAAAAGAGCUCCAAAGCUCCAAAUGUAACUGAUUUCUGGGUUUGUUCCUGCAGCACCCUACACCAGCUGGUAUAUUUGAAUAUGUAAUAGAUGAACUGUUGAGACUUUAAACUGAUACGCUCUAAUGUGAAACUCCAGACGGUGCCUCCAAAGGGACUGUUCACUUCAAAGAUAUUUGUUCUUGUUAAACGCUCAGUAAGUGAACAGUAAAAGAGCUCUGCUGUACUGUACAUUUGGCUGUGGUGAGCUUUCACAAGGGGAAAUGGGCUUACUGUGAGAUAAUACAGGCAGCCUGUAGCUUGGUUUAUCUUCGAUGACUCCAUACAAGCAGAAAACUCACCAAUAAGUUGUUUUACAAAGACAUUUGACAAACAAAACUUAGUUAAAAAGUAAAUGUAAAUGCUUAGCUGUAGCAUGACUUGAAGAUUUCAUUGUGGAUUCCCUUUCCUCAAAAAUGUGUUUGCACUUAACCAGAUUCUGUCUAGUUUUUCACUCAGCUGUUUUCAUUUUGUGUUACAUUCGCUGUACAGAUCUAUGCUAUUGCUUCUGUUCAUUUUAGCUCCAAUGUGCAAUAAUUCUGUGAUCUUGUGUUCGCCAAGAGACUGACCGUGAAUAGGAGUGAAAUCAUACCAUGACAUUGUAUCACAAAGUGUGUCUAAUCUGUCUCUGCUUGAAUGCUUGAAUGUCUGCUGUUUUUGUUACAUUAACAAGAGCAAUAGAACCUGUUGUAUGUGUGAGGAGACAAAUACUCUCUGUAUUCAGGCUGUUGUUAGUAAACUCAUUUGUU